CAGGGGCUGCCCGGCGAGCCAUGUCGCUCAGCCCCAAGCACACGACUCCUUUCUCCGUCUCCGACAUCCUGAGUCCCAUGGAGGAGACCUACAAGAAGUUCGGCGCCAUGGAGGGUAGUCUGGGUGCACCUUUGGGCGUGGGAGUGGGCGCCACCGCCUACCGCCAGACCUCAAGUUCAGCCCUCCCGUCCCAGCAGCAGCACUCCAUGGCAGGCCACAACACUGCCGCCUACCACCCCAUGGCCCACGCGGGGGUCUCGCAGUUCGCUCACGGUUCAAUGGCUGGCUAUUGCAACGGCGGGCUGGGCAACGUGGGCGACCUGGCGUCCUAUCCAGACAGCGUGCGCAGCAGCACAGCAGCCUCCGGCUGGUAUGGAGCCAACCCGGAUCCCCGGUACCCCACGAUUUCCAGGCUGAUGGGGCCCUCCGGGGCUAUGAACAUGGCCGGCAUGGGAGCUCUGUCGGGAAUCGCGGAGGCGGCCAAAGCCAUGGGCCCCGGUCUUCACGCCACUCCGCGGAGGAAAAGAAGGGUGCUUUUUUCGCAAGCCCAGGUCUAUGAACUGGAGAGGCGCUUCAAGCAGCAGAAGUACCUUUCGGCGCCCGAGAGGGAGCACCUCGCCAGCCUAAUCCACCUCACGCCCACCCAGGUGAAGAUCUGGUUCCAGAACCACCGCUACAAGAUGAAGCGGCAAGCCAAAGACAAGGCGGCUCAGCAGCUGCAACAGCCACAGCCGCCGGAGGGACCCAGCCUGUGCCCGCCGCCGGCCCCAACGCAAGCGGCGUCUCCGAGACGCGUGGCGGUGCCUGUCUUGGUCAAGGACGGCAAGCCCUGUCCGCACAGCGCCGCCGCCGCCGCCCCCGGCCAAGCCCCCGGCGGCCAAGCUUCCGGCGCCGGUGGCAGCAACGGGGCAGGCGGGAGCGCUGCUCAGCACCAGCACCCGCAGACGCAAGGGACCUCGCUGGGCCAAGCCCCGGACCUGGAGGAGAUGUCUCCGAGCCCGCCGUCCUUGCACGGCCAAGUGAGCUCCCUGGCGCAGAUGGACGCGGCUGCCGUCGAUUAUAGCGGCGGCCUGGUCAAUGCCAGCUUGCUGUAUGGGCGGACAUGGUAAUAAGUCCUCCUCCCCAGCGAAUCGCGAAGUGGCUCUUCUCCCCUCUAGUAUUGGGUCCUGGAUCGACA